AUGAAGAGGAGAAAUGAACAUUGUAGGCAACAGCUUGUUCACUGCGCACAGGUGCGGCCGCUGCUGGAGCAGGAGAAGCAGAAGGGGGGCGCGCCAUGUGUGGAGGUGCCGGAGAGCUGCGUGGUGCAGCUGCCCAGCAAGAGGGGGGGCUCAGAGGGGUACCGCUUCGACUUCGACCGCGUGUAUAAGAUGAACUCGCCCGGGCGCCAGAUGUUUGCCGAGGUGGUGCAGCCCCUCCUGGGCCGCUUCCUGCAGGGCUUCAACACCACGGUGUUUGCGUAUGGGCAGACGGGGUCGGGAAAGACGUACACGAUGGGCACGGCAACGACGUUCCGGCAGAUGAGCAGCGGGGAGGAGGGGGACGGAAUAAUCCCCCGCUCCAUGCGCUUCAUCUUUGACAGCCUCGCCGACAUCCAGGACGCCUAUGACGUCUCGCUCAAGGUGAGCUUCAUCGAGAUAUACCAGGAUGACAUCCGAGACCUACUGGGGGACGCGGAUAGCUAUGUGCCAGUCAACGUGCGCGAGAGCCCCGACCGCGGCACCUUCCUCGAGAACGUCCAGGAGAUAGAGGUGCGUUCGGUGGCGGAGGCGGCGCGGCUGCUGGAGGCGGGCAACCUGCACCGGGCGGUGGCGGCGCACAACCUGAACGAGCACAGCUCGCGCAGCCACGCCAUCUGCACUCUGCACCUCGAGCAACGCCGGCGCUCGGGCGCGCAAUCCUCCAAGGACGCCCCCCGCUUCCUGCGCGCCAAACUGCACCUCGUCGAUCUCGCCGGCAGCGAGCGCGCGAAGGAAACGGGGACGACGGGGCAGCAGUUUGCAGAGGGCGUGAACAUAAACAAGGGCCUCAGCGCGCUCGGCAACGUCAUCGGCGCGCUCUCAGAGGGCGCCGGCCGCAAACACAUCCCCUACCGAGACUCCAAGCUCACCCGCCUGCUCCAGGCAACACACCCGACUGCACACACUUUUUACCACAUCACCAUUGCAUGCAACAGAAUUACAUUGCUGGGUGUGCAGGACUCGUUGGGGGGCAACUCAGAGACGUUGAUGGUGGCGUGCGUGUCGCCGGCCAGCUACAACUUCGAGCCCACACUGAGCACGCUGCGCUAUGCGUCGCGCGCGCGAGCCAUUCAGAACCGCGUCAAGCAGAACAACAAGUACACGCCCGAAGACGAGAUCGAAUACCUGCGCCAGCAGGCACGCUCCUCUCUCCAACACCCCUCUCAUAAUCUCCCUUUGACUCACCUGGUUCCUCUUUUCACACUGGAAUAG